GGAAAACGUGACAGGACUUGUUCUUAUUCCCCAGAGGCCUGUGGUGUAAGACUAGGAAGAAAGAACAUGUAGCAAUCUGUACACACAAGCACCUGUGACUGCGACUUUACUCUUUAUGCAAAUAAGUCGGAUAUCUACAGAGAGCUUGGGAAAUGGUGAUAAAAGCUACCAGAGCUCCUUCCAGGCUGAACUUUGGACGUGUGUAUCUCGUGUGAGAAAUGCAGGAAGGCUUUUAGGUGGAGGAAGUGGGCUCUGGCUGUCUUGUGACUAUCACUCGCUCAUCACAGAAACCACAGUACAGAUAGGAACGGAGACACAGAGACACAGCACAGCAAAGGGACUCGGCAUAGAACUGUACCAUGCCCAACUACAAACUGCUUUAUUUUAAUAUGAGGGGAAGAGCAGAAAUUAUCCGUUACAUAUUUGCUUAUUUGGACAUAAAGUACGAAGAUCACAGAAUAGAACAAGCUGACUGGCCUAAAAUCAAACCAACUCUUCCAUUUGGCAAAAUCCCUGUUUUGGAGGUGGAAGGACUCACACUUCACCAGAGCCUCGCAAUAGCAAGAUAUUUGACCAAAAACACAGAUUUGGCUGGGAAGACAGAGCUGGAGCAGUGUCAAGUGGAUGCAGUGGUGGACACCCUGGACGAUUUCAUGUCACUCUUUCCAUGGGCAGAGGAAAAUCAUGAUCUAAAAGAGCGGAUGUUCAAUGACUUGCUCACGCGUCAAGCACCUCAUCUUCUGAAAGAUUUGGACACAUACUUAGGAGACAAAGAGUGGUUUAUUGGCAAUUAUGUAACUUGGGCAGACUUCUACUGGGAUAUCUGCAGCACCACACUUUUGGUCUUAAAGCCCGACCUGUUGGGCAUCUACCCCAGACUGGCGUCACUACGGAACAAAGUCCAAGCUAUUCCUGCUAUUUCUGCCUGGAUCCUAAAGAGGCCACAGACGAAACUCUAAAUGAUUCUGGACCCAUCAUCAGAUGAGAAGUCCAUCAGCCGGCUACAGCAUCUGCAAACUUCUCGCCACCACAGGCCUUCCUCUCGCUUUGUAGUAUUGUGCUUGCUGUGUAGGAUUCCUCUGUUGUGACUUUGUCUUUUUCUGUAGGCAUUUAGUUUCCAGUAUUUUUUCAAAACUUCACACUUUUUAUAAUUACAGGGAAAUAGUUCACAAUUUA